UCAGAAAAAGCACAUUCGAGAAGAAAGCCAAGCCAAGCAAAAAAAAAAGGCGAAUGCUCUCAGUCUCAGCCUCUCGUCGCCACUAACCAGAGAAACUUGCAGAGAGAGAGAGAGAGAGAGAGAAUGGGUUUGAUAUCAUCAGCGAAAGAGACGAAGAACUCUAAUAGCGGAAGAGGAAUGGGUUUGCUCUUAGUCUUCUUCCCCGACCACAACUCCUCCGCCGUCGACAACAACAACGACUCUCCUCCUUCUUCAUCUUCUUCUUCUCCGGCAACGACGAAUCUCUUCCGCUCCAGAUCUUCCCGUCUUCUCCUCUCCAAAGCCCAAUCCACCAUCUCCAUCUGCAUCCUCCUUCUCUUCCUCACCUUAUUCCUCUUCACUCUCUCCACCUUCGAGCCUUCCUCUGGUUUUCCCGCCGUUUCUCCCCGCUCACACCGUCGUUUUCUCCUCAAUCGCGACGUCGUCGGCGCCAAAACUCGAGCUAUUAGUCGUCGUUCCAACAACUUUGCUCUCCAGGGAAUGGGUACUCUGUUUCUCAGAGGAACCAAGAGCAUGCACGAUUUAGUUGUUGCUCAUGUCGCUUCCGAUACGACGGAGGAAGAUCUCCGCCUCUUUAUGCGGUUGCUCCAUCGUUCCGGAGUCACUUCCCGAUCCGAUACCGUCCUGCUCUUUGAUUCCCCUUCUUCUGCUUCGAGAUUCGCUGAAUUGAUCGAGGAAGAGAACGACUCGUUCUCGAAACUCGUCGAGGUUCAUCGAAAUUCGAAUUCGUCGAGUCAAAUCGAUUCGGUUUGGGGUUUCAAUCUGUCCCGAUUCAUGAAGAACCAAUCGAAGAAGGAGACAUCUGAGCCUAUCUGGGGGAAGAAGACCCAUCGAGCUAAUUCCACAUCGAACGAGACCGAGUCAACUGAGUUGACUCACGGGUCGGUCGUGGGUUUCGACGUGACCGAGUUGGACCCGGAAAACUCGUUAUCUGGGUUCAUGGAUCACGUCCCGAUAAGCUUGAGGAGAUGGGCGUGUUAUCCAAUGUUGCUCGGUCGAGUCCGUCGCAACUUCAAGCACGUGAUGCUUGUGGACGCAAAGACCUCCUUGUUCCUCGGUGACCCGUUAACCCGGAUUCGAAAUCGGAGCCCCGACUCGGUCCUCUUCUUCUCUAAACACGGCAGCAAGAGAACCUCGGAGAUUAACCCGGCGGUUUUGAUCGGUGGAGCCAAAGGAAUGAGGAGAUUGUCGAGCUCGAUGCACACUGAGAUCGUGAGAGCGACGAUGCAGCAGCACAAGAAAAGGAACUCGGUGUCGGAAUCGGUCGUGCUGAGUCAACUCGUUGGGAAUGUUCAUAUGACGAAGAACUUUGAAGUGAUUACGCCGAGUGAGUCGGUUGCGGAAGCGAGUUCGCUCGCUGAGUUGAGGACGAGAAACUCGGUGGCUUCGUCGAUAAAGAGUCAUGAUAUAAUACAACGCGGUAAUAGUAAUCAUCCUGACAUUAUGGCGAUUAUUAUGAAACGUAUUUGUUCCUCUGAAUUAGAUUCUUCUGUCUAUAAUUACUGUUAGCAUUUUAUUAUUUUGGGGGAAAAAAAAUACAAAACAAAAAUAGGAAGAUUUACGUUCAAUUUUUAAAUAGAUUUGAUUUUUGUACACAUUUGACAUUUGUUAUGUUCUUAGAUUAUAUUUUUCGGAUGUUUACGUCCACGUUCUA